UCUUUUUUGGGUUUUAAAUAAAAUAUUCUGAAAUUUGUAGAUAUAAAGAAGAUGACAGGUACGAGCUUCUCCUUACUCAGCAAAGCUGCAGCUAAAAGCUAGAGCUAUCAAACCGUCUUCUUCCUGUGAAAUUUUCUCUUUGUUGUGUUUUUUGUAUGGCCGCCAAUUCGAAGAGCUCUCGGGAGAUCGCCAACUUAGGGAAGCGUGUCGCUAACCACUUCUUCACGCGCGAUCCAGCUCACUCCGCCUUCACUCGCGCCUCUAGGAGGGCUGCACACUCUUCUGUGUAUGACAAGAACAUCGAAGAACAGGUUGGUCCGGCCGUAGUCCCGGACGAUGUGAUUGAUUCCCCAUCUGAAAAAUACUGGGCACCACAUCCAAAAACUGGAAUAUUUGGACCUGCAGUCGAGAAUUCCCCUGGUGCAGGCAGGGAACCCGAAUACCAUACCUCGCCUGCAAAUGGUUCUGACGAGUCUGUGCUCGAAGAGAAAGCCUGGUUUCGCCCCACAAGUCUCGAGGACUUGGAGAAGCCCCUCCAACAGUAAGGACUACUGCUGAAGCUGAGGAGAGGAGCUCUCUGCUCAGAUAAGUAAAAAUAAGUUGUUUGUGAUAAUAAUAAUAGAAUUGCAAUAGCAAAAAACUGGUUAAUGCUCUAUAUAUAUGCAAACUUAUAAUAUUUGGAUGAAGUUGGUAUUGUAUUAUCUAGAGAAUAAUGCAUCUAUGCUUGUGGACUAUGUUUCCAAGCUAUGUAAAAUACUUUGUUAUUGUGAUAAUAUUUGGGUUAUUAAUA